AUGCGGCUACUACAAGGAUCCAUCACACUACAUACCAUCAACGAUAUGCCAAUCACCUCACAUCUUCAACAUUUGAUUGUACAGUGUUCCGGUAACGUUGGUGGCAUGAAAGUACCGUCAGUGAAGUUGGAAGUGGACGGUGGACCUAUUUUCCUUAAACGAUGCGUCCUCCCAUACGGUCAACGGGAAGGUGUCCUGAAAGCAUUACAGAACAUGGAGCANUUGAAUCCAGUGCCUGGGCGACCCCGAUCGUCGUGGCGAUGA